CUUAUGUUUCCUUUUUGCUUUUCUUUUCCGCUUUAGCUUUUUCGUUUCUUCAUUGCGAAGACGAGAAAGGAAGAAGAAGUGCGAGGAGAGAAGACGCCCCCUAAUAUCAAGUCUUACUGUAACUCUAAGAUCGAAAGGUGUAUAGUAGCAAACAGAAAUUAUCAAAAGAAGACAGCCGACUCCAUCACCCAUCUUCAUCAGCAUCAGGUACACAACCAAAAAAAUACAACACCCCUGCCCUCCUUUUCCCUUCCACUCUACCUCUGCCGCUUUCUCUGUUUCUUUUUGGUUUUGUUUUCAGUGAACUGUGAAAUCUGCAUCUGCUACCCAUAAGUCACAAAUCACCAUCAGCUCAUCCAUUCCACAUUCCCUCCUCCUCUGCUUUCCCCCACCCUGUAUUGGUUUUGGUUCUUUUCUAAAUCUAUCUCUCUCUGCUUUUCACGCAAUCCAAUUCUCUGCCCUGCAACCCCAAUAUUCCCAGUUUCCCCCAACACCUAGCUCUUAUAAUCUGUUACUCCCACUUGUCUUUUUUACCAGACCGCUUCCUUCCAUAUCUCUCUUUCACUUCACUUCCUUUCCUUUCCCUCCUUGUUCGCUUCUUUCCAAAUUGGUCUGGGUCUCCUUGAAUCCGCCCAAUUCGUUACCUCCCGUUUUGCUUGCACAACCCACAUCUCAGAACUGAUUAAAGAUCUUUUGUGGGGUUUACAAUUGAUUGUUGCCCCUGAAGUUCGAUCUUAAAUUCAACCCACUUCUCCUGACCAUUCAUCUCCAGUAACCACUACAGAUCAUAACAACCAUUUAACAAUUUUUUCUUUCUUGGUGAGUUUCAGUAGAUAAUGGCAUCUGAACUCGUUGAUUUUGCAACAAGUGAUAAACUGGUUGAAGUAGAUUGGGCCAAGAACAUUGAGAUCUGUGAAUUAGUUGCUCGGGAUCAAAGGCAGGCUAAGGAUGUUGUUAAAGCAAUAAAAAAACGCCUGGGGAGUAAGAGUCCUAAUUCUCAGUUGUAUGCAGUGAUGUUGCUGGAGAUGUUAAUGAACAAUAUUGGAGAAGCUGUUCAUCACCAGGUGAUUGAUGCUGCCAUUUUGCCAAUUCUUGUGAAGAUAGUGAAGAAAAAGACAGACUUACCCAUCAGAGAGAGGAUAUUUCUUCUUCUAGAUGCUACCCAGACGUCCCUCGGUGGUGCUUCUGGAAAGUUUCCUCAGUAUUACUCGGCAUAUUAUGAGUUGGUGAAUGCAGGAGUAAAGUUCCCUGACAGAUCUCGUGAAGUACCAUCAAGUCAUCCUACUCCCCAAUCAAAUAACAGGGCCGAUCAUCCCACUUCACAAUUGAAUAAUGGAGCAAGGCAUCCUACUCCACAAUCAAAUAACAAAACUACACUUAAUCUGGAACUUGCUACAUCUCGGCAGAAAGCAGAGCCCCAAGCCCCUCCAGAGUCUAGUAUUCUUCAGAAGGCUGGUAAUGCAUUAGAAGUGCUGAGAGAAGUUCUUGAUGCUGUUGAUUCUCAAAACCCCGAGGGAGCAAAGGAUGAGUUCACUCUUGAUCUUGUGGAGCAGUGUUCAUUCCAAAAGCAGAGAGUAAUGCAUCUGGUGAUGACUUGUCGGGAUGAGAAAGUGGUUUCUAGAGCAAUUGCAUUGAACGAAGAGCUCCAAAGAGUUCUGACCAGACACGACGAUCUUAUUGCUGGCAGACUUGUGAAUUCAAAUAACUCUAGGGUUUCAGAUAUACCUACUUCAACUGCAAACCGUGUUGAUCAUGAGCUAGAUGAGGAAGAAGAGGAAGUUGAGCAACUCUUCCUAAGGUUACGCAAAGGUAAAGCUUGUGCAAGGCCCGAGGAUGAUGUUAACACAAAGGAGCAACACCAUUUGGGCUUGUUUGCUUCUUCCCUUCCACCCAGUGAAAUGCUGAACCGGCCCCUUAUACGGCCAGUUCAGUCAGGUCAAGCACAGGAUGAGGGUGGCAGAGAGGCUGGUCCAGUUUCUAUCCCACCCCCGCCCGCUAAGCAUAUGGAGAGGGAACGGUUCUUCAAGGAAAAUAAAGCCGAUGGCUCUGCGGUGUCUGGCCAUAUGAGAGGUCUGUCAUUACACAGUCGCAAUGGCAGCAGUUCUCGUAGUGGAAGCAUAGAUUUUACUGAGUAACUGUGGUGUAUCGUGAAAUGAAGGAAACGACUCGUUAGUUCUUUCUUGGUUCUGGGUUUUUUUUUUUUUUUUGUCAUAGUUAUUGGUUCUGGGUUUUGCUGCUAUGUGCUUCGUUGACUGGAUAGGGUGAGGAUUUGGACGGUGUGAUGGAAGUGGGGUGUUGCUUUAUAUAUUUUGUGUUUUUGUGAUGGCAUGGUUGUUAUUAUUAUUAUUUUUUUGGUAAGACAUGGUUGUUAUUUAAUUAGAGGGUUUUUAGCUUUAUUUAUAGCAGCAGGAGUACUUUCUACAAAUAAAGGAGGUAAAAUGCACCCGACAUCACUUAAAGUCUUAAAGUAUGAUGAUUUGGGGAGCCAUACUAUUUAAGUGAAGAUUGUGUAUUGGAUAUCACUUAA